GCUUUUAUCUAUUUUUAACACCUUUUCUUUAUCAUAAGGCAUAGUUUCUGUUAUCACAUCACAUUGUUGAUCGCUGUUAUUGAAGUUAAUCUUGUCGUGUAACGCCAUUAUCGCAUAACUUUUAAUUUGGAGAGAUUAUUCCAUUUUGUUUUAUGAUAAAUAGAAUCUCGUAGUAUUAUGAGUUAAGUAUUUCCGAAUAUCGCGCAAUUUCAAAAAGCACGAUUAUACACCAUGCUGGUGUACUCGGUAGUUAACACAAACGAGAUCUGGCUGCAAUCGCAGAAUGAAGUAAUAAAGAAUGGAAAAAAAAAAAAAAAAUGAAUAUAUUAAAAAAUGAAGGUAUCUGAGGGUCUUGUGUAAUUCUGUCUGCUCAAUAUUUAUAAUAUGUAAUGGAUUACUUCACAGAUAGUUCCGAAAAUGACUGACUUAUUCGUAAUUCAUUCCAGAUGUUUCAUCGACAUUAUGUGAAAAAUAUAUAAUUAAUUCUUCUAUUUCGAAAGAAAUGGAUCAACUUGAUUCAGAUUCUAGAUCAAGACGUUCUGAACGUAGAUUGUCAGGGGAGUCAUCCAGGUCAUCAAGUAGUGAUAGCGUACCUGGAGACCAUAGUUGUGAUUUUGAACCUGCGCUAGAGUUUGAUGACACAGAAUUAGUUCAUGCAGUAGAAGCAGAUAUGGAUUUGGACAAUGAUAAGGACACCGCAAACACAGAUAGUGAUCUCCUAGAAUCUCCCAUGUCAGAUGGCUUAAUGGAAGAUAAUUUUGAAGAAAUAUUGGGCACGGAUGGUUUCCCACCUGAAUUAGAUGACAAUGAUGAUGAAAACAAUGAAAAUAAGAUUGUAGAAGAAGAGGAAGAUGAUUACUCAGAUAUUUCUAAAUAUGGCAUCAUUGAGAUUGCAGGUGAUGAUUCUUAUGGAAGAAAAGUUAUUGUUAUCUCUGCAUGCAAAUUGCCAUCAAAUAAAGACUUCAACCAUGCAAGAUUCUUAAGGUGGUAUUAAUUUUUUGUAUUUAUAUAUGCAUGAUAGUUUAUGAAUUCAUUAUAAUUUUAACCCUCUGAGCGGCACGGG